AUGAAGUGGAACACAUUUCCCAUAGACAAAAUCAGGGGAUUUCAGCAUUUUUUGAAAAUUUUUAAAGAAUUAUAUUGUCUGCUUCCCGUGCUGCUUGUGAUAGUGGCUUUAUUGCUGACACUGCCAGGGAGUGCAAGGGAUCAGGCUUCUGCUUGUGUUCUGGAAGAUCAGAGUCCGAGUGGAGUCCAACAGGAUGGGGAUAUAAUCUUGGGAAUAGUUCUUUCUUUAUUUAGGUCAAGAAAGGAUCACAUGAAAAUCGAAUUCAACCAGAAACCUUCCCCAUCCAGAUGCAUAAGUCCAUCCAUUAGUUAUUAUCAACAUUAUCUAGCAGCUAUUUUUGCCAUUGAGGAGAUCAAUCAGAAUGCUAAUAUCUUACCCAACCUAACCCUUGGCUACCGCAUCUAUGAUGCCUGCACCAGUGAAAGUCGGGCAGCAGCCAACACUCUGAGCAUAUUGAGUGGGAGGGCGGCAUCUGUACCCAACUAUUCCUGCAAUGACAAGGGAACACUUGCUGCUUUUGUGGGUCAUUUACUUUCCACACUGACCUAUGUAGUAUUGGACAUUACAGCAAUCUACAAAUUCCCUCAGAUCAGCUAUGGGGCUCAGGAUCCUGCUCUGGGUGACAGGCAACAGUUCCCAACAUUCUACAGGACUAUCAUCAAUGAAAAAUAUCACUUUGUAACCAUCAGUCAGAUGCUUAAAAUGUUUGGUUGGACGUGGGUGGGAAUUAUCUGCUCAGAUGAUGAAAGUCACCAGAGAGCUGUUAAUAAAAUGAGUUCUGAAAUCACCAAAAAUGGAGGUUGUGUGGCAUUUGUGGCUGUGUACACUGUUGAAAAUAUAUGGACAUUGUCAAAUUCUAUAGAAAAAAUAAGGCGUUCAUCAGCAAAUGUUAUCAUUGUCAGCAGCAACUCCCAUUUUUUGCAUCGCAUUUUAAUAAGCAUGCAGCUAAAUAUAGAAUUAAAAAAAUAUUUUCUAUUUCCUUCAUCUCUGGAGAACAUGAGUAGUUUUUUGUUUUCUUUACUCAACGGGUCCUUGAUUCUCUCCGGUCACCAGAGAGCCAUUCCCGGCUUUAAGGAAUUUGUCUUCAAUGCUCAUCCUACGAAAUUUUCAGAUGAUGAUUUUACAAACCUUGUAUGGUUUAUACUUUUUGGUUGUUCAAAAUCUGCAGACAAUUCCUCUGGGAUAUACAUUCCAGCUUGUUCAAGGAAUGAUACACUAAGUUACUUUGAUACUUCAUUUUAUGCCAUAAACAACUAUAUCACUUACAAUAUGUACGUUGCCGUGUAUGCCCUGGCACAUUCCCUGCACAAGGUGCUUUAUGGUGAGCCUCAUGAGAAGCAACUCUAUAAAUCAGGAUUCCAUCUUGACUUGUACAAGCUAAAUAACCAUUUAAAGAGCAUCCAUUUCCAGACUGCUUCGGGAGAUGAAAUAUUUUUUAAUGAACACGGAGAGGUUCAGGGGAAUCUUGAAAUUGAAAACUGGAUUUCUUACCCAAAUGAAACAACAGCCAUUAGAAAGGUUGGAACCUUCAAUUCUUCAGCCCCUCCUGGUGAGCAGCUCCUUAUCAACAAGUCAGAUAUCAUCUGGGGGACUCCACUGAAUGAUAUCCCGCAGUCUGUGUGCAUUGGUACCUGCCAGCUGGGAUACAGAAAAAUGGAGAAAAAAGGCCUCCCAGUCUGCUGUUAUGAAUGUGUAAAGUGUUCAGACGGAGAGAUUUCCAACGUAUCAGACAUGGAAAACUGCAUAACAUGCCCUGAAGAUGAAUGGUCCAAUGAGAAUAGAAAUAAGUGCAUUAAGAAAACCAUUACCUUUCUGUCUUAUGCUGAACCACUGGGCUUGAUUUUGGCAAACUUAGCAGUUCUGUUAUCCAUCACUGCAUCUCUAAUCCUUGGAAUCCUUAUCAAGAACAGACACAGCCAGAUUGUGAAAGCCAAUAAUGAAGAACUUAGCUACAGUCUUCUCCUGACCCUUAUACUAUCCUUUCUCUGCACCUUACUCUUUAUAGGAAAACCCAUGAAGGUGACCUGUAUGUUUAGACAAGUUACUUUUGCAGUCAUUUUUACUAUUAGCAUCUCCUCGGUUUUGGGGAAAACUGUGACUGUACUGAUUGCCUUUCAUGCUAUAACACCUGGAAGUAUGUUGAAGAUCUGGGUUGGAAAAAGAGCUCCCAGGUGUCUUGUUCUUCUUUUAUCUCUGGGAGAGGUUAUAAUUUGUUUUAUGUGGUUUCUACAUUGCCCACCAUUCCCUGAUUAUGAUACCAGAUCCCAACCAUCUGUGAUGACCUUGCAGUGUAAUGAAGGUUCUGCUGUGGCAUUCUACAUUGCAGUAGGGUACAUUGGAAUGCUGGCCUCUGUCAGCUUCAUUACCGCUUAUCUUGCCCGUAGGCUUCCAGACAUAUUUAAUGAAGCUUCACACAUCACCUUUAGCAUGUUGGUGUUCUGCUGUGUGUGGGUCACUUUUAUCCCAGCCUAUAUAAGCUCCAAAGGCAAAUACAUGGUGGCAGUAGAGAUAUUUGCUAUUCUUUCUUCCAGCUCUGGGUUGUUGGGAUGCAUAUUUUUUCCCAAGUGUUACAUCAUCCUUUUAAAACCCGAAAGAAAUAUCAGCUGGAAAGCAACGUCUACAAAAAAAUCAAUUAACCAAUAUAACUCACCGUUUGUUAAAGGGAUAGCAAGUUGUUUUGUUGAAUAGUGGCAUCUCUAUUUAGAUGAAAAACUUAAAUAUUUUGAAUAGCAUAUUUGUUUCCCCAUUAUUAUGUUCAGUUCACACAUCACUACAGAGGUCCCCAUCAUUCUUCAUGAUCACUGAACUAGAUCCCCAUCUCUUGCAUACUGAUUUUAUUCAUUUUUAGUUGCAUUCUUUGGAACUUUUCUCCCCUCAGAUUCCUUCUUUUUUUACAGCUAUGCCAACAACCUUCUCCUUGGAUAUUGGAGCUGGGAAACAAAUUAAUUUUGAAAACAAAGUUUAAAAAUGUUAAAACAAAAGCAAAUUCAUUAUUGGUGGUGUAUUGUUUGUCACUGGUACAAUUGUAAAGGUCACCUGUACUGCUUAUACUGUUGCUUUUCUUUCCUUUGCCAU